AUGUCUAGGGUAACAUUUGGGACCACGCCUAGCACCUUUCUGCUGGCAGCGACGUUACGCCAUCAUCUGCGAUCGAACGCUAACCCAUAUUCGGAGGCUGUGGGCCUCCUAGAGAACUCUAUUUACGUGGAUGAUGUGGUAUUGGGGGCCAGGAAUGUUGAAGAGGCAGCGGAGAGAUACGCUGAAACACAAGAGAUUUUUCGUGACGCCUCCAUGAAACUACAGAAAUGGGGUUCAAACAGCAAGGUAAUGAGCGACAGAUUUCGAAAGGAAAAGGACGCAAUCUUGCUGCCUACAACUACGAAAGUUCUUGGAGUACCAUGGGACCAGGCCAACGAUACCCUAUCGUUACCCAUACAUGGCACAGGAGAAGGUGACAUGCAAACUCCGAAUGUUACAAAGCGACAGGCCUUGCGUAAAAUUGCGCAGAUAUAUGAUCCACUGGGGUUCAUUCUACCGUAUAGUGUCACCGGAAAACUGAUACUGCAAUCCAUCUGGAAAAGAGAGCUGGGUUGGGACACGCCACUACCAAGUGACCUCAAUGAAAGGUGGCGCGACUGGUACAGCCAACUCACCCUCCUCACAGAUGUACAAAUUCCACGGUAUUAUGGCAUGACAGACUCGGAGCAGGCCGUGGCAGAGUUGCAUUUCUUCUCGGAUGCAGGUCCUGCUGCCUACGGGGCCGUGGCCUAUUUACGCCUCAAGGAUGACUCGACAGGAUACCGGACAGAACUGCUAAUGGCAAGAUCUAGGAUUGCUCCCAUCAAAGAGAUGACGCUCGCUCGACUAGAGCUCCUAGGAGAACUGAUGGCGGCACGCCUUUCAACAUACUUGAGGGACAACUUUAAACUGAAGACUCUGAAUUACUUCUGGACUGAUUCGAUGAUCACGCUACAUUGGAUAAAGGGCGAUCCAGUACGUUGGACGAAAUUUGUCUGCAAUAGGGUAAUUGAAAUUCAGCAAAGCGUUGGGAAGGAACAUUGGCAUUAUGUGGCGAGCAAUACGAACCCAGCCGACCUCUUAACCAGAGGCAUAGCGCUGAGACAAUUACUGAACUCUGACCUGUGGUGGAAAGGACCGUCAUGGGACCGUCAAGUUUCACGUCAUACGUGGCCCUCACCGGACAGUUCAUCUAUAGCCGAGAGCUUAGAAGUGCACCAUGUAGUGUUGCAAUCGAAUCAAGAGACAGCAAAUCCCAUAGUGGAUGUGGGAAGAUUCAGCAACUUAAAUUUCCUUCACCGGAUGACAGCAUGGGUGCUACGCUUCAUAGCUAACUCAAGGAGAACGAAUGUGCAGGUAGGGCCGCUGUCGGCGGAAGAAGUCGAGAAAGCACAAAAUUAUUGGAUCAGGAUAGUGCAGAGUUCGGCAUUCACAGACGAGAUCAGCUGUUUAAAAAGGGGGAGGCCCAUUCCCGAGUCAUCCAAGCACCGAGAUCUCAGGCCAUUCGUGGACGACAGCGACAUUUUGAGAGUCGGCGGAUGUCUGCGCUCAAGUCAGCAGUCAUUUGCAAGGCGUCACCCCAUUCUCAUCCCAGCACACUCCUACUACGGCGACCUCUUGAUGUUGGCAUCGCAUCGUCAGGUACUGCAUUCUGGGGUACGAGAUACACUCGUCCAGGUCAGGGAAAGAUUUUGGAUGAUGAAGGCACGGCAACAAAUCAAGCGUGUCAUACGGAAUUGUACAACAUGUAAGAAGAACGAUUCUAGGCACUUAACACAAGUGGAUGCUCAACUACGGGCUGAACGCAUAACAAUGUGUCACCCUUUUGAAGUCGUCGGCGUCGACUUCGCCGGGCCUCUAACGCUGAAACGCAGAACUAAAUCGUAUCAAAAGGGAUACAUUGUCCUGUUCACGUGUGCGGUCACCAGAGCCGUACAUAUCGAACUCUGUGAGGACAUGUCAGCGAACAAGUUUCUACAGGUGUUUCGCAGAUUCACAGCUCGUAGAGGAAAUUGCCAUACAGUUUAUAGCGAUAACGCAAAGGCUUUCAAGAGAGCAGCUAAAGAGCUUGGCGCGCUAUGGAGUGUAAUGAGAGCUCCCAUCAUUCAAGACUAUACGGCCAUCAGAGCAAUCAGGUGGCGUUUUAUAGCAGAGCGGGCUCCGUGGUGGGGUGGAUUCUAUGAGCGGUUGAUACGCUGGGUAAAAUCCGCAAUUCGAAAGACUCUAUCCAGGACAAUUGUAGAUUUCGCCGAGAUGGAAACACUACUCACCGAAGUGGAGGCAAUGAUUAAUUCCAGACCGAUCACGUACGUCUAUAACGAACACACAGAGCCCACGCCAUUGACACCGGCAGACAUGAUUACUGGAAAACGACUACUAGCGCAGGCUGCAACGACAUCAACCACUCCCGAAGAUGCAUUGCAGGAUGCCCUCCAGUCAACGGAGUUAAUGAGGAACACAUGGAGGAUGCGCCAACAACGCCUUGCAUUGGUAUGGGAAAGAUGGCAGAGAGAAUAUCUCAGCGAGCUUGGUUCUGCACAUCACUCAAAGGGCUUAAAAGGGACUGAUGUGAGUGUCGGUGACGUUGUUCUCAUCGAAGAACCGAACCGAACCGAACCAGGCUACAAUGGAGAAUGGGGGUCGUGGAGAAGGUUUUCCCGAGCUCUGAUGGAAGGAUCAGGGUAUGUCUGUUGA